AUGAAUACUUUCGUGCUCAGUAUUCAUAAUGUUUAUUCAUUUUAUUUUCUCCAUUUGUACAGGAUCUUGCUCUCUGCAAUAGUUGCUUGCCAGACCAUCACACCUACCUCAGGUUGUGAAGGAGCAGGAUGCGAGAGUGCUAAAGUGCCAGGAAAACCAGAUCAAUACAGCGAACUCUUGAAUCAGUUUAACAGAAUGAACUCACCAGCUGCAAGUCACCAGCACAGAGAUUCUGGGGCUGUGUUACCUUUUAUUGGGCUAACUGGAAGUGCUACACAGAGUCGCAACUGCUGUAAAAACGGAGGCACUUGCAUACUGGGAAGUUUUUGCGCAUGUCCGAAACAUUUCACCGGACGAAGCUGUGAAUACGAUGAGCGAAACAGAAACUGUGGAGUUAUUCCUCAUGGAGAGUGGGUGCAAAAAGGAUGUUCAUAUUGUAGAUGUGGAUACGGAGUGCUGCACUGCUUCAAUCAAAUCUUUCAUGACAAUUGUGACGACUCCCAGGAAGUGCGCUGGUUUCACUCAGACGCUCCAAGAACGGGAUGGAGCAAGAUUUUCCUGUGUGUGGUGUUUCUGCUUGUAUUUCUCGUAUGA